AUGUCCACUCCAGCCGCCAAACGCCGCAGAAUCGACGUUGCAUCCCAGACUCUCUCCAAGCCUUUCCGCUCUCCCUUCAAGACACCCUUCAAGUCGCCCGUGACAAACGUUCAGGCACAACACACCACAUCGACCCCCGCACAAACCGGUGCGCCUCUCUCAUCCCGAAUAGCCAAUACUCUACUCUCAAAUGCGCCGAAGCCCCCCAGCCUGCCAGCACCUUUGUCCUCCUCUCGUGCACCCCGCAUCAAGAAGACCUUCUCAUCGCCUGUAGCAGCUGCUGCUCUCAAUGCUGACCCAGACAUUGCGCCGAUGCUCAAAGCUCAGAGCGAGUUAGAGAAGCAAUUGAGGGAGGUCAAAGAAGCGCUGGAUAGUGCUGAGCAAGCUAGGAAGAUUGAAACAGACAGUCAAAAGCGGGAUCAUGAUGGUGAACUUGACGGAGAGCUGCUUGAACUGAUCGAGAAAUGGAAAGGGGCCAGCCGGUUAGCUGCUGAGGAGCUGUUUAGCAAGGUCAGGGAUAGAGUCAAUAGGAUGGGCGGACCCAGAGCUUGGAAAGAAAUGCAGAAGCAGCAAGAGGAGAAUCGAAACUCUUGGGAUCAAGAGGAACAGAACUACAACAAUGACUCAAAUGAUGAGAAGAACAAGGAGUUGGAGACCAGAGAUGUUUAUGCUGAGUAUAGUAUUGAUCCAGAGACGGAGAUCGAGAGAUCACAGCGUGAGAAGAGUCUUGGGGAUACCGGGGAGCUCCCAGGACAGGAGGAUGAGUUUACUAUGGCUAUGAUGCUAAGAACGCUAAAUGUUGACUUGGACAUUAUCGGAUACCACCGAGGACAGCAGAGGUGGAUAUAA